CUCGUCGAGCCCCAUCAGGAACUGAAUGACUUUCUGGAGAGCUUUUGGACGCGGCAGAUGGAUUUUGUGGAGAGGGAUAAUCCGGACUUUAGGACGUAUCCGUUGCCGCUAGCGAGGAUAAAGAAGGUCAUGAAGAGUGAUGAGGAAGUCAAGAUGAUCUCAGCGGAGGCACCUAUCCUCUUCUCCAAAGCCUGCGAAUUAUUCAUCUCCGAACUCACCUGCCGUGCCUGGCUCAUCGCCGAAUCCAAUAAACGCCGUACCCUCCAAAAAUCAGACGUCGCGGCCGCUAUAGCUCUCAGCGACAUGUUCGACUUCCUUAUUGACAUCCUGCCGCGGGACGAUGAU